AGUCAAUUCUUUGAGAGGACCAUCCUGUGUAACAGCUUAGUGUGGAGCUGUGCAGUCACAGGCAAGCCUGGCCUGACCUACCAGGAGGCCCAGGAGAGUGAGCGGAGGGCCAAGCAGAGUCUGCAGAGCUUCCCCACCAGCCUGGUGGUGCCCCUGCUGCACCUCGCCGCACUCACCCACCGCACGCGCCUGCACGAGCUCUGCGAUGAUGUCUACACCUACGUCAAGGAGCGCUUCUUCCCAGGAGAGCUGGUGGACGUGGUGGCCCGCUCAGGAGCCAGGCAGCCCUGCCAGGUGCUGGAGGUCAUAUCCCCCCACUCUAACGGUGCUCUGAAUGGCCACGCUCCGCACCAUAUAGAGGGCGACUCCAUCAUCAUCAGCGACAGUGAUGAGGAGACCACACCCGUCUCUCCCAAGUCUCCUAAAACAACACCUAAUGGAAAGAAGAAGUCAUCGCUGAACCCAUCUGUGUUCAAAUACAAAAUUUGCCCCGUCAAGGCAGAGAAUGGCGAGACCCAGCUUGUCAAAGCCACACAGCUGUGCCGUAAGAAGAACGUCUUCACCAGAGACCGGCUGAAGCUCCUGCUCAAGCAGCACUGUGAACCCCAGAAUGGAGUCAUAAGACUGAAGGCAUCUACUGUGGCACACUAUAAGCUAUCAGAACAGAAUUUCUCUCAGGUCUUCCCCGACGAGCCUCCAGUGUUCGCCUUCAGUCCACCUGGAAAGGGCCGGGGACGCCGUCCAAACGAUGCUUCACCCGGGCAGGUGAACUUUGCCUCGGAGAGUGAGGACAUGAUGCGAGCGGCCGAGGAGAAGCUCCAGAUCAUGCAGCAGAGAGAGGAAAUGGCUGCCACGGCCCAAGAGAAGGCCAGACUGAAGAAAGAGCGAGAGGACCUGUGGGAAGCCAAAAGGAAAGAAAAGGAAGACCGCGAGAGGAAGAGGGAGGAGAUCAAGAGGAUUAUUGAGGAAGAACGUCAGAAGAGGAAGGAGGAAAAAGAGCGAAUGAAGAUCGAGAAAGAGAAGGAGCGAGAGAAACUGAAGGAGGAGAAGAAGAAAUAUGCAGAGCGUCUGAAGCUGUGGAACAAACCGCGAGAGGAUAUGGAGUGUGAGGACCUCAAGGAGCUGCCCUCCCCGGUCCCAGUGAAGACGCGUUUGCCCCCCGAGCUGUUCGGAGACGCCCUGAUGGUGCUGGAGUUCCUGCAGGCCUUCGGGGAGCUUUUUGACCUCAAGGACGAGUUCCCCGAGGGCGUCUCGCUGGAGGUCCUGGAGGAGGCGCUGGUGGGCUGCGAUCCAGAGGGCCCGCUGUGUGAGCUGCUCUUCUUCUUCCUGUCAGCCAUCUUCCAGGCGCUGGCAGAGGAGCAGGAGGAGGUGGCACGGGACCAAGUCGCCGAGGCCGACACCAAAGACUUGAGCGAGGCCUUGGAUGAUGACGCAGACCCCACCCAAUCGGCCAUCACCGCGGUGGCUGCCCUGGCUGCUGCCUGGCCUCAGCUUCACCAGGGCUGCAGUCUGAAGCAGCUGGAUCUGGACAGCUGCACCCUCACGGAGAUCCUCCGCCUCCACAUCCUGGCCUCGGGGGCCGACUGCAGCUCCACCAACGCCAAGUUCCGCUACCAGAAGCAGGGCGGCUUCGCCUCCACCGACGACCCCUGCGUGGAGCUGCGCCUCUCCAACCCCGGCCUGGUUAAGAGGCUGGCCUGCACCGCUGUCUACGACCUGCUGCCCGGAGAGAAGUUAAAGAUCCUUCACGCUCUGUGUGGAAAGCUGCUGACACUGGUGUCCACACGGGACUUCAUCGAGGACAGCGCAGACGAGCAGCGGCAGGCCAAACAGGAGCUGCGUGAGCUCAAGGCUGAGCAGCACCGCAGAGAGAGGGAGGAGGCCGCUGAGAGAGUUCGCAAGCGUAAGGAGGAGAAACUGAAGGAGCAGGAACAGAAACUGAGGGAGAAGCUGAAGGAGGAAGCCAAGAACGGAACACAGCCUGCUGGAGAGGAGCUGGACACGAGCACAGAGAGUCAGGAAGCGCAGGGGAACACGGAGGAUGAGGAAGAGCCGACCCCCAACAGCAAGGCUAAGAAAGGCAAAGGCUCCAGCCCUAAGGAGAGCGUAAAGGAGAAAGGAGCGGAGGUGCGGGAGAAGGAGUCGCUGACGCCGGAGGAGCUGCAGCAGCAACAGCAGCGGGCGCUCGAGCUCCUGGAGCGCAUCCAGAAGGCGGCCGCCUGCACCUACAUCCUGCCGCUGGGCCGCGACCGCUUCUACCGUCGCUACUGGCUCUUCCCCGCCACCGGCGCGCUCUUCGUGGAGGACGACUUCUACGGCGUCACCGAGGACAUGCUGCUGCCACAGAAGCCAACGCCCGACAGGGAGCCCGAGACCCAGGAGGGCCCCCAACAACAACAACAGCAGCAGCAGCAGCAGCAGCAGCAGGAGCCCCUGGUGGAAAAGAUGGAGACGGAGGAGGAAGCUGUGGCUCACUGCUGCGGCCCCCCUGUGAACCGGCCCAACCAGUGGUCCUUCUACAGCUCGGUGCAGCAGGUGGAGGAGCUGAUGGAGGCGCUGAACCCGCGCGGCCGCAGGGAGAGCAGCCUCAAGGAGGCGCUGCAGCAGGAGAAGGAGCGCAUCACGCAGCUGCUGGACACUGCCACGGCCCCACGCUUCAACCACACGGAUAAGCCUGACAGUAAAGCCGUCUCAAUGAAGGUCAAGAGUAACCCCACGCCCUCAGAGAACCCCGCCCCUGCUGAGCGCCACAUGGUCAACCGACUCCGAGACCUGCUGCUGGACAUCGAGGACCGCAUCUACCAGGGUACACUGGGAGCCCUCAAGGUGACGGAGAGGAGCGCCUGGAGGGCGGCCCUGGAGAGCGGCAGCUACGAGCUGCUGGCCUCCGAGCCCCGAGAGAACGGCUCAGACAAGAGUGAGAAUGGAGAUGAGGAGGCCAUGGAGCUCGAUGACCCACAUGUCAGAGUGAGCGCCAAAGACCGGCUACACGAGCUGAAGGCGGAGACCCUUAGCACCGCCUCCACCAGCACCAGCACCCCCCAGCCCGUCAACAACACUGUGCACCGCCUGGCCCAGGCCUUGGCCCUGAUUGAGCAGGGCAUCGAGCGCAAGUUCCUCAAGGCCCCACUAGGUGGUGAUGACUCCAAAAAGGACCAAAAGGACAAAAAGAAAAAGGACAAGAAGAAAGACGAGGAUCAGUCAAGUGAGAAGGAUGAUGGCAGUGACUGUGGCCGUCAGGUGAAGACCAUCCAGGAGCGAUGGAGGGAUUCGCUGCUGGCCUGCUCCAGUCUCUCGCAGGUGUUCCUGCACCUGUCCACCCUGGAGCGCAGCGUGGUCUGGGCCAAGUCGCUCCUGAACGCCCGCUGCAAGGUGUGCCGGCGCAAAGGCGACGCCGAGAACAUGCUGCUGUGCGACGGCUGUGACCGCGGCCACCACAUCCACUGCGUCCGUCCCAAGCUCAAGGCCGUCCCCUCAGAGGACUGGUUCUGUCCCGAGUGCCGUCCCAAGCAGCGCUCCCAACGCAUCAACUCCCGCCAACGCUCCUCCAUCGACUCAGAGGAGGAGGUAGAGGAGGAAGAGUCAGAAGCAGAGGAGGAGGAAGAGUCUGAAGAAGAGGAAGAAGAGUCUGAAGAGGAGGAAUCCGAGGAGGAAGAGGAGAUUGUUCCCAAGAAAGGCGCUGUCAAACUUCCUGUCCCCACAAAAGGCAGUAGAUCAUCUAGCAGAUCUACGGUCAAACAAAACGACUCCGUGCAUUCCACCCCCCGUAGCCAGCAAAGCACCCCGAAACAGAGUGCCUCAGCUGGGAAGGGGGGCUCCAAGGGGUCGGGGAAGAAAGCCACCCCGGUGUCCAACGGCAGGCCCCCUCCUCGGGCAGGCGUUCGCUCCAGCUCGCGCCUGAGCCAUGAGAUCCUGGCCACUAACGGCCCCACCAGCAAGACCAAUAGCCCAGCCGCUGCCCAGGCCGAGUCCAAGAAAAGACCUGCGACAGAGGUGUCCCCUAAAGCGAAGGUGGUCUUGACUCCAUCGUCGACACCCUCCUCCUCGUCCUCCUCCUCCAGUCGCCGCAGCUCCGGCAGGAACCUGGGGGUCCAUGAGCUGUCUGCCUGUGAGCAGCUGACAGUGGAGCUGGUCAGGCAUGAGGCCAGCUGGCCCUUUAAGAAGCUGGUGUCCAGGACACAGGUGCCAGACUACUAUGACAUAAUCAAAAAGCCAAUUGCUUUGAGCAUAAUCAGGGAGAAAGUCAACAACUGUGAAUAUAAAACUGCUUCGGAGUACAUCGAGGAUGUGGAGCUGAUGUUCUCCAACUGCUUGGCGUACAACCCCCGCACCACCAACGAGGCUACAGCCGGCAUGAGGCUCCAGGCUUACUUCCACGCCGAACUCAAAAAGCUGGGCCUAACCGACCGGAUGCCACCUCCGCCCAAACGGCCUAGAGUGUUUUGGAAAGCAAAAUAAACCUCACACCUAGGCGUCCUGAUCAGGUUCUUUUUUUUUUUUUCUUUACUUUACUUUUUCAACCACUGAGAUGCACUCCCUUUUGGGUCUCACUAAACAGACUGCUGAGCAUUCACACCAGAUGGUGGUGGUGUAACAAUUUCCAAAACAGAAGUAAUGUAAAUAUCAUUCCGUUUCUAAGACGAUGGAGGAAAAGGGGGAGGAGGAGACGGGGAGAUGAACCCUGUGCUGUGAAAAAAAAUAUUUGCACUGUGUUGAAGUCCUCUCCAUUCACACACUCAGGACAAAAGGCACUGUGAUUUUCAGAAUAUUUUUUUUUUAACAGUGCAUGUAUAUUUUUUACCUAGGCUGCAUUUCUAGACUACUGUUUUUCUAUGUAUAUAUAUACUUUUACUUUGGUCAACAUUAACUUUAAUAAAUUAAGUAUUGCAGCUGGAAGCAACAGACAUUGUUUUGUUUCAUAGUAAUAAGUUGUAAAACGUUAUUGAAUCAACCGUUAUUGGUCCCUAUUACCCUGCUGAACACUACAUAGGAACCAAAAUUUGCUCUUCCAAAAUUCUUUCUUGUAUUUCUGCUUUUGUAUCAAUUGGUUAUUUAUUUAGGAUAUAAUUUUGAAUUUGAAUACUUGCUUUAUUUAUAAGAAUGUUUUUUUUUUAUAGGAUGUGUUCGAAAACCUUUUGUAAAGUAUAACCAGAGGUGGUUUUCAGUUGAAACAACAAAGUUGCAAAGGGUUAUAAAGUACCUUGUUUUCUUGUCAUGUUACUGCUUAUCGUGUACAUUUUUUUUCUGUAUGUAAAAUAAAUGCAUUUUGUUAAA